UAUUCAUGAACAAAUCGUGUCUUUUUCAAAUCUCUUUCCAUAUAUAAAUACAUGGACAGAUGUGUAUACGUUUUAAAGUCCCUUAUAAGCAAAGAGUUAUAGGUGUUUCGUGUGUAAGGUGUGAUUUCUCUCUAUGAAGCAGAAGUCAGAAAUGGAGAACAGCAGCAAGAAGAACAACAACAACAACAAAGAAGACAGGUAUCUGGGUGUUGCUAUUCACAGCCAAGUCAGAAAGAUCAAGCAAGAGAUGGAGAAGAUCAAGUACCCGUCGCUGGAGGAUCCGGAGAUGAGACCUGCUCUCCGGGAGAUCACGCGGCGUCAGCAGCGCUCCCGCUCGCCUCUGGGAUUAGCUGAUAGACCUAUCUCAGUUGGCAAUUCAUAGACACAAAUAUAGAAUCAUCAUAGAGGAUGGUUCGGGCCACAGUUGUCUCUCUAGGAUUAGCAGUUCUCUUUUCUCUUUUUCUUGUUUCUUUUGUUUUUCUGCUCCCUCUUCACCACAGUUUGUGUUCUGGAUUUCAUCUUUUAGUUGUACAUAUUUUUGUUUAGAAGAAGAUGAGGAGUUUCUUGAUUGGUAACUUGUAUUCCCAUCAGUUUUGAUGGUAUUAUGACAGUUGCUCUGUUUUCUUGUUUCACA